AUUAAAGCUGCUUCCCGAAGCUCACCCCAGCCCAUGUCACCCUCUGAUUUCCUGGACAAGCUUAUGGGACGAACGUCAGGAUAUGAUGCCCGGAUACGACCCAACUUCAAAGGUCCACCUGUCAACGUGACGUGCAACAUCUUCAUCAACAGCUUCGGCUCCGUCACCGAGACCACCAUGGACUACCGGGUGAACGUCUUCCUGCGGCAGCAGUGGAAUGAUCCCCGCCUGGCUUAUCACGAGUACCCUGAUGACUCCCUUGACCUUGACCCCUCCAUGCUCGACUCCAUCUGGAAGCCAGACUUGUUCUUUGCCAACGAGAAAGGGGCCAAUUUCCAUGAGGUCACCACUGACAACAAGCUGCUGCGCAUCUUCAAGAACGGCAACGUGCUCUACAGCAUUAGGCUGACGCUGAUCCUGUCCUGCCCCAUGGACCUUAAGAACUUCCCCAUGGACAUCCAGACAUGCACCAUGCAGCUGGAGAGCUUUGGCUAUACCAUGAAUGACCUCAUCUUCAAGUGGCUGGAGGAGCAGGAGGCUGUGCAAGUGGCAGAGGGCUUGACACUCCCGCAGUUCAUCCUCAGGGAUGAGAAGGACCUGGGCUAUUGCACCAAGUACUACAACACAGGCAAGUUCACCUGCAUCGAGGUGAAGUUCCACCUGGAGAGGCAGAUGGGUUACUACCUGAUCCAGAUGUACAUCCCCAGCCUCCUCAUCGUCAUCCUCUCCUGGGUCUCCUUCUGGAUCAACAUGGACGCAGCGCCAGCCCGGGUGGGCUUGGGCAUCACCACUGUGCUCACCAUGACCACGCAGAGUGCCGGCUCCCGUGCCUCUCUGCCCAAGGUCUCCUACGUGAAGGCCAUUGACAUCUGGAUGGCUGUGUGCCUGCUCUUUGUCUUUGCUGCCUUGUUGGAGUAUGCAGCUGUCAACUUUGUCUCCCGACAGCAUAAGGAGUUCAUGCGCCUGCGCCGGCGCCAGCGGCGGCAGAGGAUGGAGGAAGAGCUCGGCCGCGAGAGCCGCUUCUACUUGCGAGGCUACGGGCUGGGCCACUGCCUGCAGCCGAAGGACAGGGCUGGGGAGGGCCACGGCAUCUAUAGCUCCCCCCCAGCUGGCAUGCUGCUGCGGGAAGGGGAGACCCUCUUCAGGCACUACAUCAACCGGGCCAAGCGCAUCGACACCAUCUCCCGAGCCGUCUUCCCCUUCACCUUCCUGGUCUUCAAUAUCUUCUACUGGGUUGUCUACAAAGUGCUCCGCUCGGAGGACAUCUACUCGGUGCCCUGA